AUGGCAACACAAUUUCUGCAGAAGAUGGACAAUUUAAAUAUAAGUGACCCCAAAGAAAUGAUGAGUUUAGCCAUAAAGUGGGUACAGGAGACAUUUCCAAAUGUGGAAUCGGUUACCACAGAGACAUUGCAAUGCUGGAUGGAAGAGAAGCCAGAGGAAUUAAUCAUUCUUGACAUCCGGAGUGCAGCUGAAUUUGAAGUCAGCCAUCUGCCAGGGGCAAUACUCAUUGACCCUCAGAGUGAUACACUGCAAGAAUUUCUGCAGAAACAGCUCCUUCCAGAGAGUAAAAAUAAAAACAUCAUUUGCUAUUGCACUGUGGGAUACAGGGCUUCCAGGACUGCCCAGAGCGUGAAUGAGUUCUUGUCAAGUGAAGCCGGCCAAACCCCCAAAACUUCCCUGAAGGUUUAUAAUGCAGAAGGAGGACUGGUGAAAUGGGCCAGUGAAAGAAGGCUGAUGGUGGACAAACAGGAGCAUCCCAUUCACCUCGUUCACCCCUACAAUGCAGCAUGGGCAAAACUACUGGAACCAGAGCUGCAAGCACAGAUCUAAAGCAUUUCUGCAAGUCUGAUCUAACUGGGGCCUCUAGGUAAAAUACAAAUUAAUAAUAAGAAUAAAAAUGAAUGGGGGCCCCAACCUCAACUAUGUCUUGGAGGCAUAACUAUAAUGCUACUAAUAGAGGAUUAUAAUCUGUAUUGUAGUUGUUUUAAUUGGUGGGCAGAACUGGCUAAAGAUACUAAGCUAGCUUUUCAGCUGGUCUAAAGUGGAGUAGGAACUGAAGUCAAGUCAGAUAUGACAAUUUACACCAGUUAGACUGAAAUCUAGAUUAACAAAGAGCACAGGACAAUACAGAAUCCAUCUGCAGUCUGGUGAAAAGGGAGAAGUCCUGGCAAAUGCUGGGAACAAGGUUAUUGUGUAUAAACAGAUAGAAUCCCACAGUCCAAAUCAUGACAAAUGGAAAAGCAAAGCACUACAUUUUUAGCAUCUCUGUUACUGUUUAAAUUUGCUGGUGGAGUCCUGUAUUCACCAGAUAGCUUGUCUAGAUGCAUCUAAUCUUUCUGGGAAUAACAGUUGGGCCAGUCACAUAGGUAAAGAGAAAGAGUGCCGGCUGGAGAUGCACAGUAACCAGUAAAUAAAGUAAGUAAGAUUAAGUAAGAUUAUUUCCUGUUAGUGAGUUAGGUUCUAAACAUAUAUAAGCUCACCCACAUACGAUGAAAAUAACUUUAAUUCUUGGUCCUUGCAAAGGUGAUGCACAAAUAGUUACAGUUUCAUGGAGGCCUAAAUAAAUAUUUGGGAAGAAGUAUAAACCCGCUCUUUAACUGCAAUCUAACUAACCUGUCAGUGCUUAUUAUUUGCUCAAUUGCUGUAUAAUCUUGCUGGCAACUCUGAAAUCCUUAGGAAGCAUUUCUAAAUAUACACACCUCUCACCUUGGUUACUGGACUUUUUAGGCGAGUGAAAAUAGCGCAUCACUGUUUGAACCUCUGUCUUUUCCUGGACCACUUUAUUUUAAAAGUAGCUGUUGACUUAUUUUAAAUAGUCGAACAUGGAGUACUACAGCCAAAAGAAAUCUGAAACCGUUAUUAUAAUUUCUGAGGUGCCUGAUCUUGUAGUUUUA